AUGUUUUCUUACUUUUCUAUUUAUCGCUUUCACUUUCAUCCUCUUUUCUCUCUCAAAGACGUACACACUUGUUUUCGAUUCUUCCUUCUUGUUUCUCUAUCAGUCUUUUCUGUGCCACAAACCCAAAAUGCUUUCUUAUACUGGAAAGGAAAUCCUCUGAUUGAAUUUCCUAAUUCUCUCUUGUUUUUACUUUCUGUUUCUUAUAUACAUCUAUCCUCUUUCUCUUGUUUUGUCUUCUACCUCUUUUCUCUUAUUCUACUUUUCUUUCUCCAUUAUACUUAUUCCUUCUGCUUUCUUUUCCCUUUUUUUUUUCUUCUUCCUCUUUUCAUUCCUUCCUUAAUUUCCCCUCUUUUAUCCCUUUUCUUUACUCUGUUUUCUCUUUCAUUUCAUGUUUCCUUUCCUUCUCUGCUCUGGUUUAUCACUUGCCUUCUCUCUGCUUUGCUCUCUCUCUCUCCUUUUUCAUUCAUUCUUUGUUCUCUUUUUUUUUUCCUUUUUCUUUACCCUCCUGCUUUUUUUCUCAUUUCCUUUUUCCUGCUUUUUUUAUAUGCUUUUCUCUUUUUUUUUCUUUGUCUUUACUCUCUCUCUUCUUUGUCUUUUUCCUUUGCUCUCUCUCUUCUUUGUCUUUUGUUUGCUUUUUCUUUUUCUUUGCUCUCUCUUUCUUUGUCUUUUCCUUUGCUCUCUCUCUCUUCUUUGUCUUUUUUCCUUUGCUCUCUCUCUUCUUUUGUCUUUUCCUUUGCUCUCUUCUCUUUGUCUUUUUCCUUUGCUCUCUCUCUCUUCUUUGUCUUUUUCCUUUGCUCUCUCUCUCUUCUUUGUCUUUUUCCUUUGCUCUCUCUCUUCUUUGUCUUUUCCUUUGCUCUCUCUCUUCUUCUUUGUUUUUUCCUUUGCUCUCUCUCUCUUCUUUGUCUUUUUCUUUUGCUCUCUCUCUUCUUUGUCUUUUUCCUUUGCUCUCUCUCUCUUCUUUGUCUUUUCCUUUUGCUCUCUCUCUCUCUUUGUCUUUUUUCCUUUUUCUCUCUCUUCUUUGUCUUUUCUUUGUCUCUCUUCUCCUUUGUCUUUUCUCUCUCUCUCUCUCUUCUUUGUCUUUUUCCUUUGCUCUCUCUCUCUCUUCUUUGUCUUUUUCCUUUGCUCUCUCUCUCUCUUCUUUGUCUUUUUCCUUUGCUCUCUCUCUCUCUUCUUUGUCUUUUUCCUUUGCUCUCUCUCUCUCUUCUUUGUCUUUUUCCUUUGCUCUCUCUCUCUCUCUUCUUUGUCUUUUCCUUUGCUCUCUCUCUCUCUUCUUUGUCUUUUCCUUUGCCUCUCUUCUUUGUCUUUUUCCUUUGCUCUCUCUCUCUUCUUUGUCUUUUCCUUUGCUCUCUCUCUCUCUUCUUUGUCUUUUUCCUUUGCUCUCUCUCUCUUCUUUGUCUUUUUCCUUUGCUCUCUCUCUCUUCUUUGUCUUUUUCCUUUGCUCUCUCUCUCUCUUCUUUGUCUUUUUCCUUUGCUCUCUCUCUCUCUUCUUUGUCUUUUUUCCUUUGCUCUCUCUCUCUCUUCUUUCUCUUUUCCUUUGCUCUCUCUCUCUCUUCUUUGUCUUUUCCUUUGCUCUCUCUCUCUCUUUUUUGUCUUUUUUUUUGCCUCUCUCUCUCUUUGUCUUUUCCUUUGCUCUCUCUCUUCUUUGUCUUUUUCCUUUGCUCUCUCUCUCUUCUUUGUCUUUUUUCUCUCUCUCUUUGUCUUUUUCCUUUGCUCUCUCUCUCUUUCUUUGUCUUUUUCCUUUUGCUCUCUCUCUCUCUUCUUUGUCUUUUCCUUUGCUCUCUCUCUCUCUUCUUUGUCUUUUUCCUUUGUCUCUCUCUCUCUUCUUUGUCUUUUUCCUUUGCUCUCUCUCUCUCUUUUCCUUUGCUUCUCUCUCUUUCUUUGUCUUUUUCCUUUGCUCUCUCUCUCUCUUCUUUGUCUUUUCCUUUGCUCUCUCUCUCUUCUUUGUCUUUUUUCUUUGCUCUCUCUCUCUCUUCUUUUGUCUUUUCCUUUGCUCUCUCUCUCUCUUCUUUGUCUUUUUCCUUUGCUCUCUCUCUUGUCUUUUCUUUGCUUCUCUCUUUUUGUCCCUUUGCUCUCUCUCUCUUCUUUUGUCUUUUUUUUUGCUUCUCUCUCUUCUCUGUCUUUUUUUUUCUCUCUCUUUACUUUCUCUUUUCCUCUAUCUCUUUUUUUUUCUUUACUCUCUCUUAUCUAUCUCUUUUUUUUCUUUACUCUCUCUUAUCUAUCUCUUUUUUUUUUUUACUCUCUCUUAUCUAUCUCUUUUUUUUUUUUUACUCUCUCUUAUCUAUCUCUUUUUUUCUUUACUCUCUUUAUCUCUCUCUUUUCUAUCUCUUUUUUUUUUUUUUUACUCUCUCUUAUCUAUCUCUUUUUUUUUUUCUUUACUCUCUCUUAUCUAUCUCUUUUUUUCUUUGCUCUUUUUAA